AUGGAGUACACGCAGAGCUCGUACGAAGGCAACGCGAGCUUCGGGCGGCUCAACGGCCACGGCGUCUACACGUUUCCGGACGGCUCUCGGUACGAAGGCGACUUCCAGAAUGGCCAGUUCCACGGCCGAGGCACGCUCUUCUUUCCCCAAGGCCGCUACGACGGCACGUGGAAGGACGGCAAGAAAGUGGACGGCACCUUCACGUUUUCGGACGGCCUCGAGUACGCGACGCCGUGGAAUUACAGCACCGAAGGCGAUCGCCGGUACCACUGCGAAAAGGUCGCGCACGCGACGGCCCCGCAUGCCAACGGCUACGGCAUCAAACCUCCUGGAGAAACUGCGUAUUGCACCGAGGGCGUCCAGAAGAUGCUGCCGUGCGGCUAUUACGAUGCUGGCAACGGCUUUUACGACGAAUUUACCAACACGAUCGUGCCCGCGUCGCUCGACCCGGGUGACGCGCGCGAUGCGACGGAAGACGAGGUAGAGUGGAUCAAGACAAAGGCGGCCAAAGGCUUUGCCAAGUAA